AUGCGUUACAUGAAGGGUCUAGGGCCUCCAUGGGGACCUGUAUUCUUCCACCUAGACUUGGGCAUCGGUGGGGCUGAGAACCUUGUAGUGUCAGCAGCAGAGGGCCUACAACGGUUGGGGCAUAAGGUGGAGUUUUAUACCUCCCAUCACGACCCACAGCACUGUUUUCAAUCUACUAGGGAUGGGACGCUCAAAGUGACUGUCGCCGGAGACUGGCUGCCUCGCACCAUAUUCGGCCACUUCACUGUGGUGUGUGCUAUCCUCCGCAUGGUCUACCUCUGUCUCUACGCGUUCAUAUCAGGAGCCCGAUUCGAUGUAGCUAUCAAUGACCAGGUUUCCUUCAUAAACCCUCUACUGCGCCUUAUCGCGCCACGGGUCAUCUUCUAUUGCCAUUUCCCUGACCAGCUACUGUGUGCUGAUCGGACCCUUGCCUUGAAGCGGCUCUAUAGGUAUCCAGUGGACCGUAUGGAGGAGUUAACCACAGGACUUGCGGACUGUAUUGCCGUUAAUAGUCAAUUUACCAAGGAGACUACUAGGAGGACCUUCCCAUCACUGAAAGGGAAGGAGCUCCGGGUAGUAGAUGAUGCAAGGGCUAUUGAGGAUGGUGAUGAGCUGGUCAAGAGCGGCUUCUAUGUGUCUUUGAAUAGAUACGAGCGUAAGAAGAAUAUUGCCUUGGCUAUUGCGGCUUAUAAGCUCUUUCUUGGGUCCUCUGAUGCAUCCGCCGUUGACGUCGAUUCACUCCCACGUCUAGUAGUAGCUGGUGGUUACGACUCCCGGGUUCGAGAAAAUGUCGAACACUAUAGUGAACUGAAGGAGAAGGCUCGAGGGAUGGGAAGGGAAGUCAUCUUCCUACGUUCGGUUUCGGACGGUGUGAGGCUGUGGCUUCUGCGAAAUGCCUUGGCCACUUUGUACACUCCCAGUAGGGAACACUUCGGUAUAGUUCCAUGUGAAAGCAUGGCAUUAGGCACUCCUGUCAUCGCUCCUCGUAGUGGUGGACCUCUGGAGAGUAUCUGUGAUGGCAAGACUGGCCGACUCUGCUGUGAAGGCCCGGCCGAGCCCUAUGAAUUCUGCAGAGCUAUGAAAGAGUUCCAACAUAAGGAUGCCAACAGAGGGAAGGUCUGUGAGGACUGGGUACGGCAGAAGUUCGGUCUAGAGCAUUUCGCUGGAGAGUUGGACAAGAUGGUCCGGGGUUGUCCUGUUGCUACUGAAGCUACUAUCAAUGCUAUAUCGGACCAGAAGGUCUUAUUGGCCAGGCAGUUCGUUGACGUGGCAAGGCUCAGGAUAGAGGGUCUGCUGGGAGCGUUUAUGAAGUUGGUAGAAAAUCAGAAGUCCGAUCACACCUACAUCGAGACGGAGAAUAUUCGUUAUGUUUAUCAACCGAUAGAGCAGCUCUAUUUGGUCCUUUUGACGAGCAGGGAGUCUAAUAUUCUCGAGGAUCUUGGCACGCUGAAGCUACUCACGACGGUUGUCCCCGAGGUUGUUAAGACUAGUGUUUGUGAGGAAACUGUGUUGGACAACGCGUUCGAUUUAGUGUUUGCCUUUGACGAGAUCAUUACGUUUGGGUAUCGAGAGGCUGUUACUCUAUCCCAAAUAAAGACCUAUACCGAGAUGGACUCCCAUGAGGAGAGAUUGGCUCAGAUGAUCGAACAGAGCAAAAUGAAUGAGGCCAAGGAGGUGGCUAAGAAGAAGCAACUCGAGUUGGCUAGACUACGGGCCCAACAGGCCAAAGAGGAGAGGCUACGGGCUCGUAUGAUGCCCUCUGGGGCUGAUGAUUCCCCGACGGGCUUUGGGAGUGACAAUGUCUUGGGUCCUUACGAAGAGGAGGGGGAGAGGGGUCCUCUAGGGGGCAGUGGUGGCUUCACCAGUGCUGCUGUGGACAUCCAACCAUCUGGAGUUGAUGACCGAUAUGAUGGAUCAUUCCCGAUGGCUGGUGGACCUAAGAAGGGGUUGGUCCUGGGGCGCAAGAGGGGACAACAGGGAGGAGGACCUAAUGCUAUCUCCCCUACCCUUGGUGAGAUGAUGGCGAUGACUGCCCGGCCAGGGGACCAAGGGCUAGAGUGA